UUCUCAAAAAGUGACAUUAGAAUUACGUCAAAAAGUCAAAAAGCGAUGAAUGAGUGAUUCCGCUUUAAAAUCUAGAAUUCUUUUACAUUUUCUUAAAAUAUGUGUUAAUGCAAUAUGAAGAUCUUAUAAUGUUAAGAUAUUAUGGGCCUUCGUCAUUCUUGUGGAUCGGCAUACUAUUUAAGUGUGUCUAAAGGUGUUAUAGUACGUGUAGAAUGGUAAUAAGUUGUCUUUAGUGGUCCUUGUUUAUCAUUCCAAAAUGGGUAACCAAAACAGUUGCUGUUGUUAUCGAAGUCCAUCGCCGAUCAGGAAGGAUAUUGUCAAACUAGAGGACUACCUCCCGGAGGGAGAGGUUAGCUCUAACAAUAUCCAACACAUCAGCGAAAGGGAACCUGAUGAUGGAGAUAUUGAUCCAUCUCAAGAUCCCAUAGCCGGGACUAUAUUCAUGGAGCGCUCUAAAGCAUCAAUAGAAAACGGUAUGACUAGAAAGCGUAGUCAACACCAAAUUGCUGAUAACAAGCUCAAGAAAAGCAGUUCCUGUUCUACUAUAUAUUUAGAUGAUAGUACUGUGUCUCAGCCAAACUUGAAAAAUACUGUAAAAUGUGUUGCAUUGGCAAUUUAUUAUCACAUUAAACAUAGAACCUCCGAGCGCAGGUUAGACAUAUUUGACGAGAAACUUCAUCCUCUCAGUAAAGAAGGGGUCAGUGAUGACUAUGAUAAAUAUAACCCUGAACAUAAGCAGAUUUAUAAAUUUGUAAGAACUUUAUUCAAUGCUGCUCAGUUGACUGCAGAAUGUGCUAUUAUCACUUUGGUGUAUUUAGAGAGACUUCUUAUUUGUGCUGAGCUGGAUAUUGCACCCUCAAACUGGAAGAGGAUAGUUUUGGGUGCUAUACUGCUUGCAAGCAAGGUGUGGGACGAUCAAGCAGUUUGGAAUGUUGACUACUGUCAAAUUUUAAAAGAUAUCACUGUUGAAGACAUGAAUGAACUGGAAAGGCAGUUUUUAGAAAUGUUACAAUUCAAUAUUAAUGUACCAUCUAGUGUGUAUGCUAAGUAUUAUUUCGAUCUUCGCACACUUGCGGAAGCUAAUGAUCUGGCUUUCCCCAGUGAACCUUUGAGCAAAGAAAGGGCACAAAAGUUGGAGGCAAUGUCUAGGGUCAUGGAAGAUAAAAUUGCUGCGGAAGUAGUAAAGAAUGGCAUUAAGAAGUGGUCAAGCUUGGAUAAUGUAAAUUCAGGUGCUGGGGUGAGACGAAGUGUGGCCAUAUUGUCAUAACUUAAUAGUCAUGAGCCAAAUUUGGAUUCAAUUGAAAUCACAAAUUACUUGAUAAUAUUUGUGUACUUUAUAAGGAUGUAUUGUAUUUAGGAAUGUUGCACCAAGUCUUGGUUUUUAUUGCAAAAACUGAUUUGAACGUAUGAAUUGAACAUCUAUGAUAAGAGGAACAUCAUAAAUGUGUUUUAAUUCACAGUCAAUGUUUCAUAAAUAACUUGGUGAUGAUGAUGAAACCCACAAUAUUUGGUUUAUUAUGAAGAUCAAAAUUGAAAAAAU